AUGCCCAUACUCAACGUUGAGGACGUCCUUGAGAUUUUCUUUCCUUCCGACUUCGACGUCAUCCAUCCAAACGCAUCGGACUACAAUCCAUUUGCCUGGGAUUUGCCGAACAAUGGGACUGGCCUAUUCACUGAUGGACACUAUGACUCGAUCUCACUUUUCACGGCUUUCCACAAAGUUUCACAUUUCGUCACAACGAUUAUUGGGGGAAUGUGUUCGAUCACUUUGUUUUACUUGGUCUUGUUUCAUUGCAAAGGAGUUUUGGGGCAGUAUGGGAGAAUGCUGCUGCUUUGUUGUGUUUGCGACCUGACUUAUUGGCUAGUGGAAAGCUUGGUGAAUGUGGUAAGUCAUACAACUUAUUUUUAGUACCUUGUAUGAAGCCAUUAACGUAUUCUUGGAAUAUAAAGUUUUUUCUUCGUAUUUCUUCGAAAAAAUUUGAGUAUAUCAGUCUGACGGGAAAAUAAUGUGGAUAUGUCGCUGUUUCGUCUCGUCGGAGUCGCACACCAAAUUUGCGGCCACAGCUAACCGCCGUAAGGCGAUGAUGGGCGAUUUAAAGGAGCGACAACCCACAACUUAUUUUUCCGACAGACUGAUAGGUAAAAAUAAGCAUGAAUGUUUUCAUGGUAGAACUGGCAAAACAAUUUUCAACAUUGUUUUCCUCGCCAGACGGAUAGACGACCCCUUACUAGGUUUUUCGACCUUAAAGAAAGCGUAUAAAAACAUAUUUCUACAUUCAGAAAGAGAAGAUGCGGACUUUGCGCCAUGUAUUAUAUUCGAAUAGUCAUGCAUUCGCAUACAACUAAACAUUUGCCAUAUUUGUAUCCGUACUCUGAUCGGGAAUUUGUCAAAAGUGUUGUAAUGCCUGAACUAUUCGAAUAUUUUAUUCUCUGGCCUUCCGGGUUUCCAAGAAUAUGAGACCACCUUUCUUCCGUGUUCUAGCUAUAACUGUUGUAAUCUUUUCAGAAAACAAAAGUCAACGACGGAUGUCUGAUCGCUCGAUUGGAAGGGGUGACCAAAUUCACGUCCUACAACUCCCAGGCCUUCUUCACGUCCCUCUACGCAAUGCAGCUCACAAUGAUGGUCACGAUUUUGCCGUCGCAGUAUUUUUAUCGAUACUGGUCGGUCUGCAAGUAAGUUGGAAUCUUGAUGUUUUAGUCGUAAAUAUCAGUCUGUUGGGAAAAUAAUGAGCACUCCGUCGUAGCGAAAAUCGCAUCCCCGUCGAGAAAAUGAAUUGUGUCGCAAAAAAAAUCAAAUUGCUUUUCACUUCAGCGAGGCGAUCGGCGUAGCGAAAUUGCCCUCAUUAUUUUCCCGACAAACAAAUAAUUGAUAUCAUAAACGGUGCAAAGUUUGCGGGCGCGACAUUUGCGGGCGUGACAAUCUUAAGCGAGCUCACUUCCCCGAAGUGUUAGGCGUUGUUGUUGCUCAAGGUUUAUUGUCGUUACCAAAAGGCUACCCAUUCAUAGCCUGUACAGUUACCUCUUCAGCAACUUCCAUUGGUGGAAAGGGUCGCAUAGGUUUCGCAUCCACAAUAUACGUUCACAACUUUAUGACCAUAAUUACCGCGUAUGCAAAGAACUUCCCGCAAAACCGGCGAUCGCAAAUGGUUGUCCGCAGAUGCAGGCGCAUUACCAAAUCAUCGUACAUUCUUAUUUUCUUUUCUCUAAUCCCCAUAAUAUUCAGCUCCGAACCUUUAUCAGCAUGGCAGACCUUUGGACUCUACUGCAUUUCCUUAUUCUUCGCAAUUAUUCUGGCCGUCCUGGCGUAUCCAUCAUAUCGAUUCAGCGGCCUAGCCCGGCCCGAUUUUAACUAUGGAACUCUAUGGUAUAAAGAGCAGCCAUUGCCACCAUUGAUGAUAGCCGACUUUGUAAGUGAUGAACUUUUAAGAUGAAAUUUUUCCGGGUUCAGUCAAGUGUAUAUGCACAACGAUAUCUGAUCUAUUGCGUUAGCGCCUUCAUCGUCAGCUAUGGAAUCUGCCUUAUUCUCGCAAUAAAAACUGUGAGGUUAAUGGCGGAGAACGAACAAAUGUACAGCAGCAAAACAAAGAGGAUGCAAAAGCAGCUGACAAUAACGUUGACUUUACAGGUAAGGAAAAUGAAACCGACAGAAAUUAGGAGUACAAUCUUUAUACCAAAGCGAACUUCCACUACGCUUUUUCAAAAGUGCGUAGACUUUGUUCGCCAUCUCAGCACAAAACGCGUACUUCGCUUUCUUAGCAGAGCGGAUCCUUGAAAAAACCGCUUGCACUGUUCGAAUGCCACGGUAAAACCGCGACGUAGUUGAAGAAAAUUACGGUGACAUUAUACAUGUGUAAUAAUAACUAUUUUACGAUCUUCCGGCUUUUUUUCGUGGCAGGAGACUUUUUUUACAUUUCGCUCUUUCAACGCACUGUGAAAAUUACGUUUAUGUCCAAAACUCAUCCGUAUUUUAAUAUGCCCGUACUAAUAUGUUCGUUUCCAUUUCUAAUAUAACUGUUUUCAGACCCUAAUGCCGUUAUUUAUCUCGUUCGGCCCAGUGGUCUGCGUCUGCAUCGGAUGUUUCUUCCGCGUCGACACUGGAGUCAUGUCGCUUGUCGUUUUGGGUUUCGCCUCAUGGAUUCCGGUCGUAAAUCCGGUGCUCACCAUCUGGGUGAUUCAACCAUUCCGGCGAACCGUCUUCAGAUGGCUUUAUAUCAAGGUUGGCGGCGUAAUAAGUCAGGAAUCGUCGUCGGUGAAGAAAACAACCAAUGGUCGACCAACAACGUCAAUCGCGUCGGUCAGAGGCUUUAAAUAA